CACUGGUAUGACUCACACCGACAGUGUUCACGUUAGCUAGCGUUCAGAUGGAGCAGCUCUGGCAACAGAAGAAGCAGGUUAUAUUAUUGAUUACCUGCUGCAGCAGACACUUGCACCAAGAUUUUUUUUUACGAGCACAGAUGAAACAGAGGAGGCUCUACUGAGUGCUGCUAUUUUUAUUGGUAUUGCUUUCUUAAGACUUCAUUAAAAAAAAGAACAGGAUACACAUGCUGAAUUUCAUUUGUGACAGGUGGAGUAAGAGCCUGGGCACCUGACUCUGGCAUCAGUGCUGAAUGCCUGAAACUGGAUGGUGCUACAGCCUCAGCUUAGGAAGUAAUGCAACAACUUUUCCUAUGAAGAGGGAGUUCAGCAAUGGAAGAUUUUGAAGGAGAAAGGCCUAUAUGAGGAUGUGGAUUUAACUGAUAUUAUGACAUACAAAAUCCCUCCCCACAUGAGGAAAAGAGCCCUCUCAUGGUAAUGUUAGAGGAAUAGCAGCUGGAGACAACCUGCUGCACUCUGCUACUCUGUGAGACAAACAUCAGUAAAGCCAAGCAGCAAGAAAAGAAGGGCCCUUCAUGAGAAAAUGACAGCAAGAGAACACAGCCCCCGCCAUGGUGCCAAAUCCCGCACUGUGCAGAGGGCCUCCACCAUUGAUGUCACCUCUGACAUGGUUGGCCUUUCUCUGACAGGAAACAUUCAGGAUCCAGAUGAGCCGAUUUUAGAGUUCAGUUUAGCUUGCAGUGAGCUGCUAACUCCAUCGCUAGAUCGAAAACCAAAUAGUUUUGUAGCAGUGAGUGUAACUACACCUCCCCAGGCAUUCUGGACGAAGCAUGCACAGACAGAAAUUAUUGAGGGAACAAGUAAUCCUAUCUUUCUAAGCAGCAUUGCCUUUUUCCAAGACUCUCUUAUCAAUCAAAUGACACAAAUCAAACUCUCCGUGUAUGACGUCAAAGAUAGAUCUCAGGGAACAAUGUAUUUGUUGGGUUCUGGGACGUUCACUGUAAAGGAUCUUCUUCAGGAGAAGUACCACAGGUUGCACAUAACACUAAGGUCGGCUGAAAGUGACCGUGUUGGUAACAUCACAGUUAUUGGAUGGCAGAUGGAGGAAAAAUCUGACCAAAGGCCUCCAGUGACAAGGUCACCUGAUACAAUUAAUGGAAGGACUGUGUUGCCAGUUGAUGAAAGUUUAACAGAAUCCUUAGGAAUCAGAUCCAAAUAUGCUUCAUUGCGGAAGGAUGCACUACUGAAAUCUGUGUUUGGUGGUGCCAUUUGCCGAAUGUAUCGUUUCCCAACCACUGAUGGAAACCACUUGAGAAUCUUGGAGCAGAUGGCAGAGAGCAUCCUGUCGCUGCACAUCCCUAGACAAUUUGUGAAGCUGCUUCUAGAAGAAGAUGCAGCAAGGGUUUGUGAACUAGAAGAAUUGGGAGAACUGUCUCCUUGUUGGGAAAGCCUUCGUCGACAAAUAGUUACACAGUACCAAACAAUUAUUUUAACUUACCAGGAAAAUCUAACUGACCUGCACCAGUAUAAAGGUCCUUCAUUUAAAGCCAGUAGCUUGAAAGCUGAUAAAAAAUUGGAAUUUGUUCCUACGAAUUUACAUAUACAGAGAAUGAGAGUCCAGGAUGAUGGAGGAUCAGAUCAGAACUACGACAUAGUCACCAUAGGAGCACCAGCAGCUCAUUGUCAAGGCUUUAAAUCAGGUGGCUUGCGGAAAAAGCUGCAUAAAUUUGAAGAGGCAAAGAAACACAGUUAUGAGGAGUGUUGCACUUCAACAAGUUCCCAGUCUAUAAUAUACAUCCCACAGGAUAUUGUUAGAGCAAAGGAAAUUAUUGCACAAAUCAACACCCUGAAAACGCAAGUCAGUUACUAUGCAGAAAGGCUCUCAAGAGCUGCCAAGGAUAGAUCAGCUAAUGGCCUUGAAAGAACACUCGCCAUCCUAGCAGAUAAGACCCGGCAACUUGUCACAGUCUGUGACUGCAAGCUGUUGGCAAAUUCAAUACAUGGACUGAAUGCUGCAAGGCCAGACUAUAUAGCUUCAAAAGCAUCUCCAACCUCUGGAGAAGGGGAACAAGUGAUGCUAAGGAAUGAUCAAGAUACACUUGUGGCCAGAUGGACAGGAAGAAAUAGCCGAUCUUCUCUGCAGGUGGACUGGCAUGAAGAAGAAUGGGAGAAAGUUUGGUUGAAUGUUGACAAAAGUCUGGAGUGCAUCAUACAGAGAGUGGACAAACUUCUCCAGAAGGAACGCCUGCAAAGUGAUAGCUGUGAAGACGUUUUCCAGUGUGACGUCAGCAGUAGUAGUAAGAAAGGUAAUCGGGACAGUCGUGCCUACUGGAUAAAUCCAGAAGAUUUAAAUGAGAUCUCAUCAUCCUCACCAUCUUCAUCAUCCUCACCACCAUCUUCAUCCACACCAUCCUGUGCAUGCCAUUCUCUCAAGACAAAUUGCAGUCCUACUCCGGAAGAAUCUGCCCCAGGUGAAUGGAGUGAAGCUCUUUAUCCCUUGCUGACCACACUCACUGACUGUGUAGCCAUGAUGAGCGACAAGGCAAAGAAAGCCAUGGUCUUUUUAUUAAUGCAGGACAGUGCCCCAACAAUAGGGCUCUGCCUGAGCCUUCAGUAUCGCAGGGAUGUUGUCUUCUGCCAGACUCUGACGGCUCUCAUUUGUGGUUUCAUUAUCAAACUGAGGAACUGCCUGCAUGAUGAUGGAUUUCUAAGACAGCUGUACACCAUUGGCUUGCUGGCACAGUUUGAGAGCCUGCUGAGCACUUAUGGUGAGGAGCUGGCAAUGCUGGAGGACAUGAGUUUGGGAAUCAUGGACUUGAGGAAUGUAACCUUUAAAGUAACUCAGGCUACAUCAAAUACAUCUACUGACAUGCUGCCAGUCAUCACUGGAAAUCGUGAUGGAUUUAAUGUGAGGAUCCCUCUGCCAAGCGCCUUGUUUGAUUUGUUGCCACGCGAGAUUCAAAGUGGAAUGUUACUGAGGGUUCAGCCUGUUCUUUUCAACGUGGGAAUCAAUGAGCAGCAAACCCUAGCAGAGAAGUUUGGAGACACCUCACUGCAAGAAAUAAUUAACAUGGAAAGCUUAGUGCGGUUGAAUUCAUAUUUUGAGCAGUUCAAGGAAGUUUUGCCUGAUGAUUGUCUACCUCGAUCUCGUAGUCAGACGUGCCUGCCUGAACUGUUAAGAUUUCUGGGACAAAAUGUACAUGCGAGGAAAAACAAGAACGUUGAUAUCCUUUGGCAAGCUGCUGAGAUAUGCCGCAGACUUAACGGUGUUCGAUUUACGAGCUGUAAAAGUGCCAAGGAUAGGACUGCCAUGUCCAUCACCCUGGAGCAGUGUUUGAUCCUACAGCAUGAACAUGGAAUGGCUCCACAGGUCUUCACUCAGGCUCUGGAGUGUAUGAGGAGCAUUGGAACACGGGAGAUAGUCACCCAGAAGAACUUGAGUGGCUUGGUGCCCAUCCGAGAUUUCAGACUAGAUCCCAGCCUCCUCUACUCUAUUCCUUUAUUAGCUCUCAGCCCCAAUUUACUGAUUGUGUGGCUGUUUCUGAGCAUAGCAUACCUGGUGGCCAGAUUACGUUGCAAGUGAAGAUAGAGUUCAAAAACAAAAAAGAAAAAAGAAAAAAAAACCAACAAAACCCACAAAAAAACCAAAAAAGUGCUUGAAUGUGUAUUGCCACUUGGUACCUGCUGGACAAAGGAAUGUGUCAUAGCAUUGUCUGCCAAGAAUUAUUAUUAUGCCUUACAAUUUUACGUUUCUAUUGUACUAAACUGUAAAUAUACAUCAAAUUAUUUUAUCAAAAAGAAUUGUAUUGAAACUUUAAAUUAUUGUUCUGCUUUCAGUGCUUGUAACAUAGUUUGACAUUGGCCUGUUACCUCGUUACUUUAGCCGGCCUGAAGAUCUCUUACCAAAUACAGUUUUGUGUUACUUGUUUCAUGUAUUCCAGAGAAAGGAACUCUGUCUGAAAAGAAUUUAUAUCUUUUUUGUAUAUUUAAGGUGUAUGCUAAUCUUGCCUUUCAUUUUUAUGAGGUAUGAAGAGAAAAAUUUAAACAUGGGUGGGGUUUAUAAGAAAUUGUAAGAAAUUUAUUUAAAGAAGCAACAAAUUUAUACCUUAAUUUCAAAGCAUAAUAUCCAAAUUACAUUACUGAACAGUUUGUAGAACCAUAGUCUUGUUCCUUUCUCAUGGUUAAGUAUAUUCUAGUAGGCUAGAAAAUACUCAGAAAACAACUUGCAGUGUGCUGCAUGCAGAAUUAUUUCAUUCUAUUUGUAGAUCUGCAGUUUGCAAUGUAUUAAAGACAUGAAGAGAAUGACUUGUGGUUAGGAAGGGAAUGUGACUGGCAUUAGCCUGCUAAUGAGCCAUUAUCUAUUUUAGGUGCUCUGUUAUAGAAUUUAUUGUGAAAUAGGGCCAUUGUAGAAGUUAAAGAUAAUGGUCUUAAAUUUUCAGGCAAGAAGAGGGAGGUAUCAGUUAACUCCUUUAGUAGGUGGGUUUCAGGUUUUCCACUGGGCUUUAUUUUAAUUUCAUUAGACUAAAUAUUACUGUUACUUCCAUUUUUAAGCGUUGCACAGCUUUAAUAAAUUAUGAUGCUGAUAGUGACUUAGUGAUAAGCGAGUGAUGGUAAGUUAACAUUUAUUUAAGUGGUGAGACUAAAGUGGCUUCCUAGUUUAGUCAUGCAGAGUAAGUGCAGAUUAAAUUUGAUCAUCAUUUAUAUAUAACAUCAAACUAGGGGAGGCCUAUUUAAAUGGAAAGAUUUUGUUGAUGCUGUGGUCUGGCAGAGCUUUUCAAUAGCAAUAGCUGAUAAAAAAAAAAAUAAAUUCAUAAAGGGUUUUACUUCGCUUGGUGCCUGAGAUGACAUUGGGCUUCUGAGGAGAACUAGUACUGUGAUUUGUAUUUUCUACUAUUAUUAACUUGCUCAAAAAAUAUAGGUAGCUUUAGCUUUUAUUAUAAAUUUUAAUGGAAUUGAGAGCUGCUGAGAGAAGUAUGCUGAAAUAUAAAACCAAAAAAGCACAGUUAGAAAAAAAAAUCAGAAUUAAAUCCUAAAUUUGGAUUUAAUUAUUCUAACUAAAAAAAAAAAUAAGUGUGUGUGGUUAUAUUUGUGUCUUCAUGAAAUCAGACUGUACAGUACACUAUCUCUUAAUAUUUUUCCUCACUAUUCUUCCAAUUUUGUUUUAAAAAGGCAAACAAAAAAAAACAACAAAAAACCAACAAAACAAACCACCACGAAGACAUAUAUGUUUAUAUAUCUAUAUCUAUCUAUAUAUAUAAAGCACGUAUCCUAUUUUUACUUUCAAUGUUUCAGUACAUCCUUACUGCUGUUGAGGUUUAUCCUGAUAUGGUGGUUUGGGACACAUCCAUGUGCUGUGCUGGUAUCUGAUGCUUCUGUGUCUCCAUAGAAAUCAUCUGUUCUUUAUGGUUAGCACUGGUUUGUUUGCUGUGGAUGCCCCACUCAACAUUUUUACAGAGUCAGGUUGGACAUAGCCUUGAUCUUGCAAUGUGUGGAGUGUCCUGGGUUCAGUCUACCCAGAUGUGAAAGUAACUUUAGAUUGACAGGGUAUCCUGAGUUGGAAGGGAUCCACAAGCAUCAAGGAUCAGAUCCUGGCUUGGCACAGGACAGCCACAGGUAUCCCCCCAUGUGCCUGAGAGCUCUGUCCAAAUACUUCUUGCUCUCUGGCAGACUUGGGGCCAUAAACACUUCCCUGGGCAGCCUGUUCCAGUGUCCAGCCACACUCUGGUGGCAGGCAUAUUCACUGAACUCCCUGAGAAUAUCAAUACUUCAUAUUAAAGUAUGAAGGUGCUGCUCAUGAUUACUACUAGGGUUGCAGAAAGACCACCUUAAAACAGUUUAGAAUGAAAGCCCAGGCUUUUUGAAAACAAUGUAGAUUUUUUUCUUUUCUUCUUAAACUUUGAUGGGGACAAGUUUUUUGGUUUUUUUUUCCCUUUUGGAGCCUGGCCUGUGCUUUUAUCAAGGCAUUCAGAUUUAAGAUGCAGUAGUGCAUCCUGCUUAUGUGCUUCCAAGAGAAGGAAGACGACGUGAAAUCUGGGAAAUGAAUCCUUGUCACUUAUCUGCACCAUGAGGGACACGUGCAAUAACCAGAUGCAGUGAAAUGUGUUAUGAAGAGAAUGAUUCACUUUGCAGUUAAAAUGCUCACCUAGCAUCACAUAUUUGCUAGUUAAACUUACUGCUUUUAUUAGUAGUCUGAAGUAUGAUUUGUGCAAACUUUUGAUGUAUCUAUUUGGCUGCAAGAGCCAUCGGGGGAGUUUUGUGAAACACAAACCAGUGCCAGUGAAACAAGUGUCACCACAGAUGAUCCAUUCUAUAAACGGCAAGCACAGAAUGUGCUCCAGAGACAAAUUUCAAACUUAGUUAAACUGUUCCUUAAAAAAAAAAAAAAAAAAA